AUGGCGGGUUACAAGCACCAGCAGCACCCUCUUCACUUUCCGCCGGACCUCCACCUGCACAACCACCCACCGCCUCCUGUCCCCCUACACAACCCUGCCGCCGACCUCAAGAGCCCCAAGGACUCCCCGUCGGAUAAGGACCGCGACGCCGCCGCCGCCAGCUCCGGAGGUAGCCUCUCCGCCGGCCGCCGGCCGCGCGGCCGUCCCCCGGGUUCCAAGAACAAACCGAAGCCGCCGGUGGUCGUCACGCGCGACGGCCCCAACGCGCUCCGGUCCCACGUGCUGGAGGUCGCCGCCGGGAGCGACGUCGUCGAGAGCCUGGCGGCGUACGCGCGGCGGAGGGGGCGCGGCGUCUCCGUGCUCAGCGGCAGCGGGGCGGUGGCGGACGUGACGCUGCGGCAGCCGGCGGGGGGAUCGGCGACGCUGCGCGGCCGGUUCGAGAUCCUGUCGCUGACGGGGACGGUGCUUCCCCCGCCGGCGCCUCCGGGGGCCGGAGGGCUGUCGGUGUUCCUUUGCGGCGGGCAGGGGCAGGUGGUCGGGGGAAACGUGGUGGGACCCCUGGUGGCGUCGGGGGCGGUGGUGCUCGUGGCGGCGUCGUUUGCGAACGCGGUGUUCGAGAGGCUGCCGCUGGAGGAGGACGACGGAGCCGCGGCGGCGGCGGUGUCCCAGUCGUCCGACGCUUCGGCCGGAGGACACGCCAGCGAGGGCGGUGGCGGCGGCGGUUCUCUCUUCAACUCGUCUUCCGGUGGUGGCACGGCGGCGGCGCCGCAGGGGAGCUAUCCUUUUCCUGCUGAUUUGUUUGGUUUGGGGGCUGCAAACUCGGACAGGCCAUCCUUUUGA